UCAUUUGAGUGCGCGCCGAGCAUACGAGAGAGUGAAAUUGUGUUUGUUCCGUGUUGAGAAGGAAAGGAAGACAAACAAAGUGCAACUCUCUGCACAUUACAUUUUGUGCAUUCGGCUGCGGUGAAAUUAUUAUAACAUAGCCAGUCAUAACAUACUCACUCGAUAUAAUCGUCAUCACAAGGCAAUGGGCAACGCCACUGAGGGAUUAGUGUGUGUGCAGUAUCGUUUGAUAGCUGCUAUAUUUGUUUUUCUUUAUUAUGUGUAUAAUGUAAUCGCUGGAUUUGUCUAUGGUGAUACCACACCUAAAAAACUCCCGAGAACAGAAAAUGAUAUUUUUAAGAAAAGCGCAACACAAUUAGCAAGAGAAAUUCGUCAAAGAAAAAUCACCAGCACAAUUGUUGUAUCGGCGUUUAUCGAGCGUCAGAAACAAGUGAACCCUAUUAUCAAUGCUAUCGUCGCUGACCGCUAUGACGAUGCAUUAUUUGAAGCAAAGGAAGUGGAUAAAUUCCUUGCUGAAACUACAAAAACUGAAGAUGAAAUAGCAAAUGAUAAACCUUUACUUGGCGUACCUGUUACCAUCAAAGAAAGUUGUUCUGUAAAAGGAUUGAAUCUUGUGGUUGGUGCCCGUGAGCGUAUUGGCAUCAAAGCAGAAGAAAAUGGCGCAGCUGUACAAAAAUUAGUAAAUGCAGGAGCUAUUCCAUUGUGUGUCACAACAACGCCUGAAUUUUGUCUAAGCACCGAAACAAAUAAUUUAGUCACCGGUAAAACCAACAAUCCAUAUAAUGUUAAUUAUGCAUCUGGGGGAUCGUCAGGUGGUGAAGGCGCUAUUAUUUCUUCAGCCGGAAGUGUAAUUGGUAUUGGGUCAGAUUUAGCAGGUUCUAUAAGAAUACCAGCAGCGUUUUGUGGUAUUUUUGGUCAUAAACCAUCUACAGGUCUUGUUGAUUUAGUUGGUCACGUUCCAUAUUCAGAAGAAGUAAUUUUCCAAAAAAUGUUAACCAUUGGACCAUUAUGCAGAUAUGCAGAAGAUCUCCUACUCAUGACUAAAAUAUUAACAGAAAAUAAUUCUUUGUUGCAACUGGAUGAUCCUGUGAAAUUGAGUAAUUUAAAAAUGUAUUACAUGGUUGAUGGCGGAAGCUGCUUUGGAUCAAUGGGUGUACACAAAAAAAUCAAACAACGUAUUCGUGAUGCAGUUGACCACUUCCGCAAAACAUGGGAUUGUGAUAUGAGUGAUUGCAAGUUUGAUGAAGUGCAAUAUACAAACGAAGCAAAUCUCACUUUCAUGUUGAGUUUUGAUGAUAAACAAUAUAAUCCAAACUUAAGUAUUCUCUUCCAAUUGUUAAAAACAAUAUUUGGCAAAGCAGAUAUUUCAGCUGCACGUUUAUUCUACUUAUGUGUAAAAAAUGACAAGUUUAUAAUGCCUAACGACGUGGAAAAAAUGAAACAUUUCGUUGACUUCCUGGCGGAUAAAAUAAAUAAAGAAUUAGGUGAUAAUGGAGUGUUUUUCUAUCCCGUGUUUCCGUCGUCUGCAUUCCGACAUGGCAUGUCCGUGUUCACCAGUAGUUCCAUGUCAUAUUUGUCACUUGCUAAUAUCACUGGGCUACCUGCUACUACAAUACCAGUGGGUUUCAUCGAGAAUGGAUUACCUAUUGGGAUUCAGGUGAUGGCCGGGAAAAAUCAAGACCGUCUGUGUUUGAGUGUUGCCAAAGAGCUUGAGACUGUUUUCGGGGGUUGGAUGUCACCGUACUAAUUUUUUUAUUUUUAAAAAUUUUAAUUUAAUUUUAAUUGAUUUUUUACUUGUUUAUCAAUAGAAUAGGUAAUAAAUAUUUUAAUUUUGAAA